GAGCAAGGUGGAACUGCGCCUCCGAGGAUGCUGUAUGUGCAACUGCAAGCGACGCACACGGACAAUCAAACCCUCCGAGACGGACUUUAUAUACCAUAUGGUACUUCGCUCCCCAGGAAAAUAAAAAUCUCACACAGACAUCGCCAUUACCACCAUCUCCACUCAGCAGCUUAAGCUUAUUCCUACUGCCCCACUCGCAGACUCUAAACUUUACUCGCUUUCGUUUCGUGAGAUCCCGUUGCUUAUAUCUUGAACGGUUCCCCCGUCAGGGUUUCGUCCAAUCGGUAUCUUGGUUCCUCCGAGCCGCAUUGUUUACCCACAUCAGCCUGCUGCCUACAUCCUACAGCCUUAUUACAAACAACAGCAGCAGCAAUGUCGAACAGAACAGCCCUCGACUUCGUCUGCACGAAGGAGACCUGUCCCAUCGACGCAUCUUACUUCGACUACCUUCCUUCUCUUCCGCUCAAUUCCCUUUUACUGGCUUUUUUUGCCGUGUCACUCGUUCUCUUCGUUGGGCAGGGAGUUUGGUUUCGGACAUGGACUUUUGCCAUUGCUAUGGUUCUUGGAAACAUCUGCGAGAUCUUGGGGUACAUGGGCCGAGUAAUGGCACAUAACGAUCCUUUCAGUAUGAAUCCCUUCCUCAUCCAGAUCUGCUGCCUCACUUUUGGCCCCGCCUUCUUCGCCGCUGGAAUCUACCUUUGCCUCUCUAGGAUUGUCUCAAUCUACGGCGCCGACAUAUCCCGCCUCCAGCCUAUCCGUUACACCCAGAUCUUCAUCUGCUGCGACUUCCUCUCUCUCGUUCUCCAAGGAGCCGGCGGAGGCAUGGCCAGUGUCAGUACGCAAGACGGCGGCUCAGCGACAGCCGGCACCAACAUCAUGGUGGCCGGUCUUGCCUUCCAGGUUUUCACCCUGACGCUGUUCAUGAUCCUCUGUGGCGAGUAUGCCUACCGCGUCAUCACCAGCGGCCGCCAGCUGAACCCGACCUUUGCCCACCUCCGUGAUACCAGGCGCUUCAAGGGCUUCUUGGGAAUGAUCGCUUUCGCCACCGUAUGCAUCCAGAUCAGGAGUAUCUACCGUCUGAUCGAGUUGAGCCAGGGAUGGCAUGGAGCGUUAGUCGCCAACGAGACCUACUUUUUCGUCCUGGAGGGAAUCAUGGUUAUCGCUGCGGUCCUGUCCAUGAACGUGUUCCACCCCGGGUUCUGUCUGCAGGAGGCCUGGAACGUGCGCGCAAACGAGAAGUUGGCCGGCGAUGCAUCCGACGUCGAGAUGGUAGAACACAGGUAGAACUGCGCGAGGCGCAGCGGGAAUUUCUUUUGUUGUUGCCUAUUUACCUGGGAUGAUUCGUUUGCUCUGCAUUAGCAUUUGGCGUUAAUAUUGCAUAUUUUGUGUGUUGGCGGAGGAUAUUUGCUGGUUAUUUUUGGAGGGAGGGAGGGAGCUAUGGAUGGACUGUGGGGCAAGGAUUUCUUUGGUCUUUCUCUUUAUCUUUGCUUCUUUGGGUUUAGAUAUCUUACACUAUGUUUCUUCUUCUUCUUCUAUCCUACAUCUAGAACGAGAAAAAAACGAUGCUCUUGAUCACCUC